UUCCCAUCAGCUAAUUUCCCCUCAGAAGACGGUUCGUCAUCUGUUGACCAGCUUCUCAUCUAAAUGCCACCAUGCCCAUCAUCAGCAACACCAACCAUGAUUUUAGCAACCUGUCUGUCAGUGAUGACAGUAGCUUGGACCGCAUCUUCACUGAGAUCCCUGAAACAGAGACAAUCAAAGGUGUGUAUUACCAGCGUGCACGCCUCUUACGCCGGCCUGAGGAUUUGCUAUCCGUGGAUCACGCGCUACAGGCACUCAUCAACGUAGGGGGAAACCGCUACACGCUGCCAUGGAGCACAUUGGAGCAGUUCCCAAUGACACGUCUGGGCAAGCUGCGAACAUGCAGGAGCCCUGAGGAGAUCGCUGGUGUGUGUGACGACUAUGAUGAGGCACGCCACGAGUUCUUCUUUGACCGCAGCCCCAGCGCUUUCCGUGUCAUCUUAAACUUCCUAGCAGCGGGUAAGCUGCGGAUGCUGCGUGAGACAUGUGCGCUCUCGCUGCAUGAUGAGCUGACCUACUGGGGAAUAGAGACGGCAUGCAUGGAGCGCUGCUGCAAGCGCAAAAUGUACAUGCGCCUCGAGGAGGUGGCUGAACAGGAACGUCGCAAGCAGGACGAGUUCAGGGGACGCAGUUCUCAGCAGCACCCCCCACAGGAUGACACAUGCUACCACAGGUUCAUGAGUCGCCUCAGGGACAUGGUGGAAAACCCUCAGUCAGGUCUGCCAGGGAAGUUGUUUGCCUGUUUCUCAGUGCUUAUGGUGGCCGUCACUGUCGUCAGCCUGUGCAUCAGCACCAUGCCCGACCUGCGAGAGGAGGAGAACAGGGGUGAGUGCUCUCAGAAGUGCUACCACAUGUUCAUCGUGGAGACCGUGUGCGUGGCGUGGUUUUCGCUGGAGUUUGUGUUACGCUUCCUGCAGGCACGCAGCAAGCUGGAGUUCCUACGAGGACCACUCAAUAUCAUCGACGCCAUGGCCAUCUUGCCCUACUACGUUUCCCUGGCUGUGGAUGAAGACGAGGAAGAGACGGGGAUAGACCAAGAACGCUCAUCCACAGGCAAGGGCUACCUGGACAAGCUGGGCCUGGUAUUGCGAAUGCUGCGAGCACUGCGCAUUUUAUACGUGAUGCGGCUAGCACGGCACUCACUGGGUCUGCAGACUCUGGGACUGACCGUGCGCCGAAGCACGCGUGAGUUUGGCCUUCUGCUUCUCUUCUUGUGUGUAGCCGUGACACUCUUCUCGCCACUUGUGCACCUGGCGGAGAGUGAACUAAGUGGCGAUCAGGACUUCAGCAGCAUCCCCGCCACCUACUGGUGGGCCAUUAUCUCCAUGACGACAGUAGGGUAUGGCGACAUGGUGCCGCGUAGCAUCCCCGGUCAGGUGGUGGCGCUCAGCAGCAUCCUGAGCGGCAUCCUCAUCAUGGCUUUCCCUGCCACCUCCAUCUUCCACAUGUUCUCACGCUCCUACCAGGAGCUCAAACAGGAGCACCAGCGAAUCAUGAAGGAGGAGUGCGCUAAAGCCACAGCUGAGGCUGUGGACAGACUCGGGGAGGAGCCAGAAAGAAGCGGGGAUCAUCCUCCACCUAUACUGGCUCUCCAUCCAGAUACUGAAAAGGCUGGAUCCACUGAGGGCACAUCUUUAUUAGUGAACAGUGCAGACUCGUCAGGGAAUAACAGACACUUGUUACCAGUAGGACCCAUGUAGAGACUAUUGACACUAUUGAUAGUGUGGACUUUGUAGUGGUUCCUGAUCUUCUAACCUUUCACAUGAAGGAAAGGAUAUAAGGACCACUCUGUUUGGGGAAAAAAAAUCAACAAAAAAUUCUAUAGAGACUUUCACCAUGUGAAUCAGGCUAUUUUGUCUUCCAUCAGCCAUCAGCUGACUAGUUCUAAUUGAAAUACUGCAGUUUACAUAUUCAGCUUACUCAGAUCGAACACCUUUUUCAGAUUUAAUAAUUGCCCUCGAGCCUAUUAAACCAUGCAGAUGAUUUUUAUCGUCCCAAUUUGUCAUGGCUAUGGCUUUGUCAUGCUAUAAUGAUAGUAGCCAAGAUCAUUUUUGAUUUCUUGUGUCAUUGUGAGCUCUUCCUUCAGUUUAAUCCAAUUAAAAUCGACACAAGCUAGCAUAUUAUAUUAGUUUGUUCAAGAUUUAAUAUGAUACUGCUCUCACAUCAGUGCUACAUUUAUAUUGUCAAGAAAGAAAUAUAUUCUAGGCACAUUUAGUCUUGCGAUUCCUUUGUAGCAUUUUGGACACACAGCAGUGACUGACC